AUGAAAUCAGCGGCGAUGCAGGAUUUAGAUUCGGAUCUGUUUAACUUUGACACGUUCUUCACCUCGAACAAUGACGAAGCAGUGGAUGGCUUAUGGGGUCUAUCAGCGACUCCCGAUGUUUGCCACGAUGGUGACAUCUUCGACGACACUGAGCUAGAGCCUCUUAGUUCAACGAAAGAGGAUAUAAAGCAAGAACAAGCACAAGUGAAGCAGGUGGAACCUACAAAUAAGUUUGGACUGAAGAUUGACCCGAAGCUCAAUACCAGCUCUAGGGAAAGAUGGCUAUCACAGUCUGACAAUGUUAAGACGAACGGUACCCCUACAUCUACGCUACCGGCACGUUUUGCGUUGCUUUCCACAACAUGCGUGUACGAACCUGGAUUCACGACAUCGCCACGAGGGAAGCGCCGCAUUAGUCAAAUUCAUGUUGCACAAAGUAUUGUUGAUCCACAAAACGAAGACGAAGAUAGAGAUGAAGAUGAAAACGAAAGUGAAGAUGAAGACGGAAAUGGAAAUGAAAGUGCAGAUGGAGACGGUAACGAAGUAGCUGGCGGUGGUAACGAAGCAACUGACAGUUGUGUUGAAGUAUCCGACGGUGGCAAUGAAGUAGCGGACGGUGGAAAUGGAGCACCUGACGGUGGUGUUGAAUUAGUGGAUGAUGGCGAUGAUGAACCUUUCAUGCUUUUGGGAGUGGAAGACUACAAUUUGCCCGUGUUUACCGAUGCUGAAUUAUCAGCGAUGGUGGAGUCAUCUUUGGAGGCGACUUCGGCCUCAGUUUCUUCUGCGGUCUCAUCUUUGCCACUUGGACUUACUCAUGGAUCGACGAAGUAG